AUGGUCUUGAAAACGGACGAACUAAACCGGGUCCACAGGCGGAAAGUCUGCUACUUGGUUUGGAUUCCGAUCUGCCAGAUGUCCAUUCUAGCCGGCGCGAUGACGCAGGUGUGGUCUUUCAUUUUCUUCUAUCCUGAGAAAAACGCCUGUACUGUUCUUCCCACCCAAGAUUUGUUAUGAAAAUCUGCAUGGCUCAAAUGUAUGAUGUCAUGCGCUGCGCCCCCAGAGUUGUCAGGUGCGACAACCCAAAAUUGUUCGUUUGUGUAUCAAUUUGCCCGUCUACUUGAGUGUGGGGCAAUGACGUUUUGACGCAGAAUAUUUUCGGGAUGUUCUUCAGUUCGCCCGGGCCGGCUCUGGUGGAAGAUUUGUGGCAGUGGCGGUGGCCGGUAAAGAAUUUUGAUUUUGCGAAAGAAAAAUCAAGAUCUCCAUUAGAGGUGGCUGCUGUUGACGAGAGUCCUGCGACUGGACAAGAUGAUUUCCAAGAAAGCAGCCAGCAGUCGAGGCCGAAGGACACACACAUGAAAAACACCGGCGGCGCGAUGACACCCACUGCAACUCAUCUUGCAAUGCCAAUGUCGAGCACCAAUGGAAAGGGCCCCCAAUUCGCCCCACAGGCAAGGAAAGGAGGAUGGGACAACUGCGGCGAUUUCAAAAAUUUUGUGAUGAUAUUGCUCAAAUUUGGUCUGCGCGCAUGCGUGACACUGGUCACACUCUGGGGAGGAAUGGGCUAUCGACAUUGA